CUAAGAUUCUCCCACAAACCUCUUCCAUUUUACAUCUAUGUCCUCCACAUACCUAUAAAUUCCUUCCAUUUACACUCACAUUCCCAAUUCCUUGACUUUUCAGGCAGGCAAAAGUUGUUCUUCACUCCUCUUCUGAUAUUCCCUAUUCUCGUUUAUGAUCCAAGUUUGAAAUUCUGGCAUCUCUCUUAAAGGAUCUUGGUUAGAGUUGUUUCUCCUUGGUGUUGCUGUAUUGAAGUUGAUUUUCAAGUGGUUUCCUAGCUGUCUUGGUUGAGAUAUCUAUAAUGGAAGAUGGGGAGCUUGAAUCCUCGAACCCAGAAGUGUUUUCGGGUUCGAAUGCCGUUGAGCUUCCAAGUAGUUGCUCAAUGGAUAGCUUCUUUGAUGAAAUUCUGAAGGAUACUCAUGCUUGUACACAUGCUCAUACUUGCAACCCUCCUGGUCCUGAUUAUUCACAUACACAUACCUGUUUUCAUGUUCAUACGAAAAUUGUUUCUUCCCCCACCGAAGAAAAGCUUUCCACUGAUGAUACAGAGGAUUCCGUGGAUAAGAAGAAUAAGAAGCGCCCAUUAGGUAAUCGUGAAGCAGUUCGUAAAUACCGGGAGAAGAAAAAGGCAAGGGCUGCAUCGUUGGAAGAUGAAGUUGUGAGAUUGAGAGCCCUGAAUCAGCAACUGUUGAAGAGAUUGCAAGGUCAGGCUGCAUUGGAGGCUGAGGUUUCUAGGCUCAAAUGUUUGCUUGUGGAUAUUAGGGGAAGAAUUGAAGGGGAGAUUGGAAGCUUCCCGUAUCAGAAACCAGCCAAUUCAAAUCCACCCAAUCAGAAUGUGUCUGGUAGUUACUUGAUAAAUCCAUGUAAUGUGGAAUGCAAUGAUCAAGCAUAUUGCCUUCGUCCAGGGGAUGAUGGAAAAAGUGGAGAGAGCGCUUUGUUGAAUGGGCAAAGUUUUAGUGCAUGUGACUUUGAAAAUCUUCAGUGCUUGGCAAAUCAAAACACGGGAGCAAAGGAACCUCCUGACUGUGGACUAGGGAACACUAUUGCUAACGUUAAUUGUGCAGAACUAAAUCCGAAGAAAGGUGUAUAUGAAAGACUCUAUCCAAGUUAUGUCUUAUAAAAGUCUGAACUUGAUGUUGCCUUUUGAAGCAAAAUCUGACUGGCACACGAAGAUCUCUCUACCGUCUUAGGUUCUUUUCAUAUUUUUCUUGCAAGACUCUUGCUGAUUGGUUGUUGGGAUUAAAUUUAUUCAUUUGCAGCUGUCAAACCAUCUUCUUAUCAUCUGAUAUGAGAUUUGUAAACUCUCAUUUUCCUUUGGGGUGUAAAAUUAUAUGCAAAAUUUUUCGUAUAGGUCUCGUAACCGUUUGUAAAAUGAUAUGAGUAAUCUUCUCAUUCCUUCCUUUCCUUUGUUUUUUUCCCUUCUUUACAUUUAUUUAAGUUUUUUAAAAGUUUGAUACGGCACGAGGACUUGCCUCAUUUUGUCUUCAGCUACUAACAACUCUUUGUAUGAUGCUCACGGUUCAAUUAGGAGGAGGGGUCUGUAAGGCAACGAAAAAUGGGAAAUGCUGAUCUCGGAUAGUAUAUGCAUCUUUUUUGUGUAUAUAAAGCCUGCCACGUCGGUUCCUGUUCUGUGCAAUGCAGCAUCAACAUUGUCUUUCAGGUUUUCUCUUAUGCAACACGUUCACCCUCUUCUAGGUUGUUUGAGAUGCUUAUUUAUGUUGAAUGAGAAAGUAAAGCAGAUGCAUAAGCAUGCCUUUAAGAAGCUAGAAAACAACUAUUUGGAAUUAUCAACCUUGAUAGUUUAAGAUUGCCACGACAUGCCUCACAUAUAUUUAGCUGUGAGAGGAUAUUGUUAGUGGGUUAGCAAACUUUCCCUCUUUCUAAGCCAAGAAAUUUCAUGGAUUAUUGAAAUUACAGAACUAGGAAAUGGUGGGAUUUCAGUACCUGAGCCAUAUUGAAACACCUCAAGGAAACUUAGAUCUGCCAUUCAAUGUGCUAGAGAAAUUUGAGUAACAUACAGUCUAAGAAGAAAAGUGACAAGGAAUCAAUGGAACCGGAGGACUUUUGUUUACUUCCAUUCUGAGUAAUCCAUGUCGAUCAAGUGGGGUUUCACCAUUGUUGGUGAAAAAUGCUUGUGGCUGUACUUUUGAUGUCUGAUGAAAUAGGUAAGGUUUGAGAGAAGAUAUAAUUCAGAAGAUAAGGCUUUAAUUAUGUUAUUUUAUUCUGAAAUGUGAAUCAUUUGUAUUAUCAUGGGAGAUUUUCAACAUGCAAAUUGCAAAUGAAAAAUUCUUGGAACUUCUGUCACAUGUCUUGUAAAACUAGCCAUCUUAAUGAAAUAUGGAAGAUCAUAAUCUUCGAGAUCUUUUUUCA